AUGUCAUUCCCAGUUGAUUCACCUUGGAGAGGGUGUGCUGCUAACUUUCCACAGCCUAUAAACGCUGAUGACGAACGUAGAGCUAAGUCUUUGAUGGAAACUGUUAACCGCUACAGUUGCUACGAAGUUAGACCACCUUUGGUAGCCGUGCCAGAAAUCCAUUACAGGAGCAGUGACAGAGAGGAGGAUGUGACCCGCCACGUGUUCCGUUGGGCCAGGGAACCUUACCAGCAGAUAUUUGAGAAUGGGUUCCGAGCAAGGCCCCAAGAAGGGGUUCCUGAUAGCACUUACUACAAUGUGGAGGACUACGUUCACAAUGGUGGCAGGCCAGCCCAAGAAGGGAGAACCCAAAGGCAUGCCUUCGUUGGCACAACUCUUGACAGUAGCUAUCGCCCACCACUGGACCCGAAUGAGCAGGAGGCUAGGGUUUAUAGGUAUGAGAUCUAUGCUCCUGGGGGCAUUUGGAUAGCUGCGACAAUUGGUGAAAAAUAUCAAUUUCCUGGUCAAGAUGAAAUUUCCUUUGUUGCUGGCAUUGCACGCCAAUACAUUCGCUCUGCUCAGUUAUUUAUAGGCACGCGUGACGCUGCAACCGGGCAUCGAAGAUGGAGAAGAGCGGACAACAGAAUAAUAAUAAAUGGGUAUUUUAACCCACAAUCACAUCCAUCCAGAUUGCUCAACAUCCAAAGGCCAGUAUUUGAUUAUAGGGAUGAAGAUGGUAAUCGCAGCAGGCCCUUGACCAUUGUAAUCUUCAGACCACAAACUCAAGCAUUGUUAGAAUUAGAUGAGCAAAGAGAGAAAAGACAAGUCUUAGGCUAUGACGAUCCUAUGAAUUGGUAUGCGGAUAAGGUAGCAAAUGAUCAGGGCUAUAUAAAUGCUGCAUUCCGUUCAUCUAGGAAAAAUGAAGCAUACAUAUUCAUGAGAAAUGAGUAUGCAUUGUUGAAUUAUGCUCCUGGAACAACGGAUGACAAGAUUGUAAAUGGGCCGCUUCUAAUUUGUGAUGGGUAUCCGUCUCUUACUGCCACAGCAUUUGGUGAAUAUGGAAUAGAUUGUGCUUUCAACACUGACGGGAACCAAGCCGUCAUCUUCUCUAGCAACCUUUGUGCCUUAAUAGACUAUGCUCCAGGAACUACUGAUGACAAAAAACUCUCUGGUCCCAUGACAAUUGCCGCCAUGUUUCCCUUCUUCAAGGAUACAGUGUUUGAGAAUGGCAUAGAUGCUGCCUUCAGGUCAUCUAGGAGCUAUGAAGCUUACUUAUUCAAAGGAGACCAAUAUGCUCUUAUAAACUAUAAUACAAAGAAUCUCAUUGCAAUCCGGAAAAUCACUGAAGGGUUCUAUAGUUUGAGAGGCACGAUAUUUGCAAGUGGAAUUCAAGCUGCUUUCGCUUCUCACAGGACUGAUGAAGCUUACAUUUUCAAAGGAACACAAUAUGCACUUAUCAAUUUUGCUCCAGGAACUACUAAUGACUACAUCAUUGGUGGUGUGCAGCCAAUGCUUCCCAAUUGGCCUUCUCUUCGUAGCAUAUUGCCUCGCAAUAAUCGUGGGCUUGAUGACCAUGAUCAUCACCGCAAUCCAGUCGUGGGCUUGAUGACCAGCAAUCCAGGUGCUGAUCAUGGUCACGACGAAAUCUGA